AUGGCUACCCUGAAGGAACGCUUCUAUUGGCCAAGCCUAUGGAACGACGUACGCCAUCAUGUACGUUCAUGCUUUCAAUGCCAAGUUAGAAGUGUACGCAAGGUUCAAGUCCCUCUCAUGGUCUCUACCCCUGCCACUAUCUUUGUCAAAAUCUAUCUAGAUAUAAUGUAUAUGCCAACCGUCCAGGGUUACAGAUACAUUGUAGCAGCUAGAGAUGAUCUGUCAGGGGCAGCAGAAGGGCGAGCACUUAGAAAGGCUACCUCUAGUGCAGUCGCCAAGUUUUUGUGGGAAGAAAUCUUUUGUCGCUAUGGACACUUUAUUAUUCGUGAAAGCCUAGUCAAGCUAUGUGAUGGAAAAAUCCGUCGCUGGCCUGGAUAUGUACAACAAGCCUUUUUUGCAGACAAGAUUACAGUGAGAAGACAGACUGGCUUCUCUCCCUUCUACCUUCUCCAUGGCAUAUAUCCUGUUCUCCCUUUUGACCUUGCAGAAGCUUCGUUCAUGGUAGAUGGCUUUAAAAGUGGCAUGUCUUCUGAAGAGCUUCUUACCCUACGCAUCAGGCAGCUGGAAAAGAAGCCUGAGGAUUUAGCCAAGGCCUCCGAAGUGCUACAGAAACACCGCUUCAGAUCCAAGGACCAGUUUGAGCAAAGAUACAGGACCAGGAUGUUUAGGGACAGCUACACCCCUGGAACACUAGUGCUUGUACGCAACAGCCAUGUGGAAGCCUCGCUGGAUAGGAAGACCAAGGACAGGUACAUGGGACCCUAUGAAGUGGUGCGUCAGACUAGGAACGGAGCAUACGUUCUGCAAGAGUUAGAUGGAACACCCUGGCGUCAAGCAGUGGCAGCUUUUAGGUUAAUCCCUUAUAUUUCCCGAUCUGAUAAAUACCUUGAUCAGAUUCUGGGCAGAAUACAGCCUACCAGCAAUGAAGACAGCAGCAGCUCAGACUCCUCAGAAACAGACAGUGAGGAAGCAAGCAACCCUCCUCGUAUUCUUACACGACGAAUGGCUUUGGAGCAAGGCAGUAUUUCAUCCAGUCUCUCAGAGUCAGAAGAAGACUCUGAAGUCCAUGAUGAGGAAGAUUAG